AGAACCCCUUAUAAAAAGCUGAGGUUUUGCUACCAUAACAAUCAUCAGGUUCUUGCAAGAGGAAAGAGAGAACCAGAUCAUCUCAUCUCUCAUUGACAUGAUGCUGGCAUCCAUGGCUCUGAGAGGCAUGUCCUGGAUGCUGCUGUCCUGCCUGAUGCUCUUAUCUCAGGUGCAAGGUGAAGAUGCCCAGGAUAAAAUCCUUUCUCCACGCAUCAGUUGUCCGAAAGGCUCCAAAGCCUAUGGGUCUUACUGCUAUGCCCUGUUUAAGACACCAAAGCCUUGGAUUGAUGCAGAUCUGGCCUGCCAGAAGCGGCCCUCAGGACACCUUGCAUCUGUGCUCAGUGGAGCUGAGGGGUCCUUUGUGUCUUCCCUGAUCAGGAGCAAUGCGAUCAACUACCAGUACGUCUGGAUUGGGCUCCAUGACCCAACUCUGGGCCUAGAACCCAAUGGAGGUGGAUGGGAGUGGAGUAGCACAGAUGUGCUGGAUUACUUCAACUGGGAGAGGAAUCCUUCCUCCGCCUCCGACCGUGGUUACUGUGGGAGUGUGUCACGAAGCUCAGGAUUUCUGAAGUGGAGAGAUUAUAGCUGUGACGUGCAGUUGCCUUAUGUCUGCAAGUUCAAGGACUAAAGUAAACAGCAGCCUCCACUGUAUGCAGCACAUCAAAAGUUCAAGAUUGAAGAUUUACCUAGGAAGGGAACAUUCUCCUCAUACCCCAAAGCCUGAGCCUUCUUGCUCAUCUUGCCUUUUCUGCUUUGCUCUCUGCCCAGGCACUUUUGUGAGUGUUAUGACCUGAGGCUUCAGAGAAGAAUAAUAAAAUUUUAGUUUAUACUGC